UUUUUCACUCCUCUACUCUGGCUUCCGGACGCCGAGACAGACCGCUGCCGCCGAAUUUAAAGAGACAGGCGAUAGUUAUUUUAAAAACGACAAACGGCAACCAUUGUCCCCUUUAGAUUAUUUCCCGACACUUCUCGCCUGUGCUUGUUUAAUUCGCUAUCGAUGUGGAAUCAAAGUCAAAGCGAGUAGCAGCGCGGCUCUGUCAGCAGCCUUCACUCCGUCCUCCUCUGCGCUGACUGAGCCAACACUACUGUCCAGUCAGCCAGGCGAAGUAGGGCUGCUCGCUGGGCAGGCAGGCAGGCGGGCAGGCUGGCUGGCUGGCUUUUCCCGACCCAGAGGAGGAAGGUUUGUCGGCUAGCUAACUACAACUAACUGGAGGUAACAGCGAAGCUUCCCUCUCAAGUUGUGUUCGCGGCUCUCGAGCCUCCUGCCGCCGGGAUAAUGGCGAAGAUUCAGGCGCACAGCACCGCGAAGCAAAUCAACCAAAUUCAAGACAAGCCUUACGUUAUAACACAAAAGCAAGUGCAGCAGCAGCACUUCCAGAAGCUGAAGGUUGAAGAUGCAUUGUCAUAUUUGGACCAAGUUAAGAUUCGGUUUGCAAAUGAUCCUGGCAUAUACAACAAGUUUCUUGACAUCAUGAAAGAAUUCAAGUCACAGAGCAUCGACACACCAGGGGUGAUAAACCGUGUGUCUCAACUCUUCUAUGGACACCCAGACUUAGUGUUGGGCUUCAAUGCCUUCCUCCCACCAGGGUAUCGGAUAGAGGUCCCCAAGAAUGGGAUGGCUUUUCUCCAAUCACCGUUCUCUACACAGGUAUCUCCAGGCCAGCAGGGGAAGAGUCUUACCACCUCUGCAGUGCCUGCAACCUCAAGUAGUGCCUCUGCCACACCCGUUGAUGCUGGACCUGCCCGCACUAAUGAAGUCAAGGCUGCUUCAUCAGAGUCCCUACCUUCCCCAACCUCAGCAGGACCUCCAGAGCCUCCCAGCAGACUUUCUCUUCCACUGAUGAGCAGAGAGAGUCAGAAUCACGCCACCACCUCCUCAUCAGUAUCCCCACCUGCUUCUGAGACGAGCCCAGUAGAGUUUGACAGUGCCAUCAGCUAUGUAAACAAAAUCAAAAAUCGCUUUCUGGAUCACCCAGAGAUCUACAGAGCCUUUCUAGAGAUUCUUCAUACAUAUCAGAAAGAGCAGUUGGAGGUUAAGGAGAGUCGAGGCAGCCGGGGCAGCAGUGGGAUGACAGAAGAUGAGGUUUUUUCUAAAGUUGCCAGCCUCUUUAAGGGACAGGAAGAUCUGCUCGCUGAGUUUGGACAAUUCCUGCCUGAUGCCAAGAGAUCACUGUUCACAGGGAGCUCGCUGACAGGGGGAAAGGAUCAGCUAAAGAGGCCAGAGGAAGAAGACACAAUAUCUAAACAGAACAAAAAGAGGCCCAGACCCAUCUUACUGCAGCACAUUUCCCCACUGCUAAAGAAAAAAAUGAAGUAUUCCUGUACCAAAGAUCAGUCCUUUGCUUCAGUUGGCAAACAUGGAGUUUUAAGAGAAUUCUCCUUCUUUGAUAAGGUUCGUCGCCUGUUUAAAAGUCAGGAAGUGUAUGAGAACUUCCUGCGCUGCAUCGCCUUGUUUAACCAGGAAGUAGUUUCUGGAGCAGAACUGCUACAGCUUGUUACUCCUUUCCUGGGGAAAUUUCCCGAACUGUACACACAGUUCAAGUCAUUUCUGGGGGACAAAGAGCUCUCUCAUGUUGUGUCAGGGCUGUCGGAUCGCUACAUGGAGGGGGGAGGAGGCAGGGAGGUGGAUUAUGCCUCCUGCAAGCGCCUGGGAUCCAGCUACAGAGCACUCCCCAAGACCUACCAGCAACCUAAAUGCAGUGGACGCACCACCCUAUGCAAGGAGGUGUUGAAUGACACCUGGGUGUCAUUCCCCUCCUGGUCAGAGGACUCCACCUUCGUCAGCUCGAAGAAGACUCCAUAUGAGGAGCAGCUGCAUCGCUGUGAGGAUGAAAGAUUUGAGUUGGAUGUGGUUCUGGAGACAAACCUGGCCACUAUCAGAGUGCUAGAGAGUGUCCAGAAGAAGCUGUCGCGUCUUUCACCAGAGGACCAAGAGCGAUUCCGAUUAGAUGACUGCCUGGGGGGCACAUCUGAGGUCAUCCAGCGCCGUGCUGUGUAUCGAAUUUAUGGCGACAAAGCCCCCGAGAUCAUCGAGGGCCUGAAGCGGAGUCCUGCCACAGCUGUGCCAGUGGUUCUCAAGAGGUUGAAAGCCAAGGAAGAGGAAUGGAGAGAUGCACAGCAAGGUUUCAAUAAGAUAUGGAGGGAGCAGUACGAGAAGGCCUACCUGAAGUCCCUUGAUCACCAAGGAGUCAACUUCAAACAGAAUGACAUGAAAGCUCUGCGGUCUAAGAGUCUUCUUAAUGAGAUAGAGAGUGUCUAUGAUGAGCGUCAGGAGCAGAGCACAGAGGAAAGUGGAGUUGGCCAGCAGGGACGUAAUGGUUCUGGUUCAGCCCCUGCCAGUGAGCCUCACAUGGUUUUUACAUACGAGGACAAACAGAUCCUGGAGGACGCUGCCUCACUUAUCAUCUAUCAUGUUAAACGUCAGCCUACCAUCCACAAAGAUGACAAGGACCACAUCAAGCGCAUCAUCCAGCACUUUGUCCCCGACCUGUUCUUCUCCCGCCGUGGCGAGCUGAGUGAUACUGAAGAAUGGACGGAUGAGGAGGCUGAGCCUGAGGAGGCAGGAGACAGGGCAGACAGAGACAGGGCAGACAGAGACAGGGCAGACAGAGACAGGGCAGACAGAGACAGAGCAGACAGAGACAGAGCAGACAGAGACAGGGACAGAGCAGACAGGGACAGAGCAGACAGGGACAGAGCAGACAGAGACAGGGCAGACAGAGACAGGGCAGAGAGAGGUAGAGCAUUGACUGCUGCAGCAGGAGGAAAUGGAAGUUCUAGUAACAUCCCAGCAGCAACAGCAGCAGCAACAACAGCAGUGGCAGCCACAGGUAGUCAGGCACAAACCCAGCCCGAUCAGACUCAGACCCUGACCCAUCCCCAGCAGCAGCUCAAUGGCGAGUCCAGGCGAAGGCGCUGCAGCCCAUCCCAAACUGCAGAAACAGAAACCUCCACUAGCUCUUGUAGCAUGAGUCAGCCAGCAGGGACUGCCGCAUCCACCCCAGGAUCUGCUCCUAUUGAGAUGGGUUCAGGUGCAGUAGGUGAGAAAGUGGACUUGCGUGACCCAGAAGCAGAGCACCAGAAGGAGCUGGACGGUAUCUACAACCUUUUUUUCGUCAACAACAACUGGUAUUUCUUCUUGCGGCUGCACCAGACUCUGUGUUCACGGCUGCUGCGGGUUUACCGACAAGCUGAGCGGCAACUGCUGGAUCACCGAGCUGAACAGAGCAGAGAGAGGCUGCUGAUGGCAGAGGGACGGAGGGAAAAAGCAUGUGACCUCGCUAUGGAGCUUCGCCUCAAACAGCCCAGUGAGGUGGAGUUGGAAGAGUAUUACCCAGCCUUCCUGGACAUGGUGCGCAGUCUGCUGGAUGGUAAUUUGGACUCCACACAAUAUGAAGACACACUGAGAGAGAUGUUCACCAUCCAUGCCUACAUCGGCUUCACCAUUGACAAGGUCAUCCACAACAUAAUUCGGCAGCUGCAGCACCUGGUGAGCGACGAGGUUUGUCUGCAGGUGGUUGAUCUUUACCUUGCUGAGAGGAAGCGGGGGGCAGCAGGAGGGAACCUUUCCUCACAGUGCGUCAGAGCUGCUUGGGAGACGAGCUACCAGUGGAAAUCUGAGCGAGUCAUGUCCGAGGAGAAUUGCUUCAAGGUAAUGUUUGCCCAAAACAAAGGUCAUGUGACAAUGGCUGUUGAGCUGCUGGACACCGAGGAGGCCCAGGCUGAUGACCCGUUAGAUGUACAGUGCCUGUCGAGUUACAUGGAGCAAUUUGUAGGAACAGAGUCCAGCCUGUGUUCACAAGCAGAAGGCUACUUCUUCAAACCAGUGUUUCUGCCCAGGAACCUGCGGCGUUUCCGUCGCUGGCAGGUGCGCCAGGUGGAGGCGAUGCGCUGCAGGAGAGAGUGGCACCGCAAACUGGGUGUGGAAAACGCUGGGAGUUUGGACUGUCGCUUCAAACUCAACACUCACAAGAUGGUGUUUGUCAUGAACUCUGAGGAUUACAUGUACCGCAGAGGAGCACUGGUCAAGGCCAGAAAGUCACAGAACAGAGUGGCAGCAAGCCAGCACGACCGCUUUGACAAGUGGCACCAGGGCUGGCUGGCCAAUCACGUUACAGCCUCGGCUGAACGCUCAGUGCAGAACUGGCUGAUGGGAGAGGAGGAGGAGGACAUGAUCCCCUGCAAGACGGCCUGCCUGUCCAUUGAGGUAAAGGGGCAAAUGGUCAACAGAUACCAGGUUCAUUACAGUGGUAGCAAAGCCCCGGCCUCACCAUAGAUGUGUGCCCCCUUGGAGACGGACAUGCAUUACAAACACACACACACACACACACACACACACGCAGGCAAAUGCAUGGACUUAAAGGACAUUCAUACACUAAACAAAGACAUAUACAGCUGCAGUUACACUUCUCCACCUCCCUCUACAACAUUUCAUUCACUUGUUUUCAAUCAUGAAUGAAGAAACUAGCAGGAAAAACACAGAGAGACUGUGAAUGGGUGCACAGUGAGAGGGACGAUGAUGUGGAGCAAAGGACCAACACAGACAGUGCCGUAAUCAGUGAGUGUGACCCUGAUUAACAGGGAUGAGCUGGACACGACAGCACAAACGGAUCAUCAUCCUUAUCAUUCUGGCUUCUCUGGUGGCGCACAACGACUAGAACGGUUGUUCUGACUGAUGGAUAGAGAUGGAUGAUCAGGUGAGAGGUUAUGAAAUAAUGAAAUAUGUUUCAGAAAUGUGAAUGUCUGUUUUUCUUUUUCUUUUUUAAGUCAAGUGUAGUUUUUAGCUUCUAAAGCCAGAGAGCCUUUUGCCUGUUUGUUGAUUUAUGUGUGUUUAUAUGGAGAGAUAAUGGUAAACGUGUGUAUGUAUGUGUAUCAUGCUCUUCAUUUUGUCUGUUUGUAUGCCCAGCACAGGCUCUACAACUCUAGUAAUUGCAUCAUUACUGUAUGUGUGUGUGUGUAUAUAUAUACAUAUAUAUGUAUACACGCGCACACACACACACAACAGGGAUCCUGUAUUUUUAUAUAUGCAUCUACUUGAGUUGAUGGAUACAUCUGAAGAUCAUGUGGUUCUUUACCGUGUUUGCCGUCAGCCAACUCUUGAUGUUUGCAGUUUUUCUUUUUUUUGUAUCUUUUUCAUUUUUUUGUGUUGUGGCGAAACAAGUUAUCACCGGGGUAAUAAGGAGUCCUUAAAAUUUAAUUGAUUUAAUAUUGAUGAAGCAGUCAAUUUAUGUAUCAUAUUCAUGAUUUCACCAAAUGUUUACUUUGCAUUGUCUUUUUUGCAUACUGACAUUGAAAAUAAAGACAGAAUAUCAGUGUUAAAAUAGAAUGUAUAACAUUUAUCCUGUAUCAGUUAUCAUAAAAUAAACAACCUAGUUGUGACCUUCUUA